UAUCCUUUUUGGGGAAAUCCUGCCAGUCGGUCAGUUUUGUCUGGUGUGUAAGGAGUGCCGCUGGAUCAACGUUCUCGCUGCAUGUACUGUCUUGCGACCAGCCGCGACCGCGGUGAAUAUAACUGAAUUAAGUCAAUACUACAGCUUUGCAGCACAUCACCGUACAUUCAAAUCUCGCACCAUUGAGGGCCACAUAGAAAACGGGUGCCCUCAGCUCAGCUGGUCGCCUUGUCAAAACAUCAGCUCCGUACCUACAACCAAGAUGCAACUGGGAUGCCUUUCACGUAGAGUUUUGACCAGGAUUGGGCGAUUCUGGUCCAGUGUGCGCCGGCAUGAAGAUGUAAUCUUACGGGAUCGCCAUUCCUGCACCACGCACCCUGUUCUCACCAGUGAAAAGCAGUGUUGCCUAUCCUCCGCGGAACACAUGAGGGCUGUUGCAAAACUUCGGCCUCAGUCGCGUUGUGGCAGAUCUAGUGUGCGGUGCCUUUACUCUCCCUCUCUCUUGUGGGAAGUGCAGGGAGUUAAAGAGGAAAUGCAAAGAGAAUUAGAAGAAAAAUUGAGAGGAUUACAACUACUUCUCGGCUUUAUCUUGGAAUUAACCCAUCUUAGAAUUUCUAAACAUGAGUCAGCAACAACACAGCGACUUCUUCGGGGCCUUCGACAAGUCCUAUAGAUCCCUUAAGCGCCUUUAUAUGAACCUCAAGAGAAGCGCGGAGAUUUCCAUUCGCUUCGUCAAUGCCCUGGUAGCGGUAUUCACGCCGAUCGUCUUUUGUCUCCUCUUCGUCUCCAGAAUCGUGGAUAAAGUCGGAAAGUACCUCUCGUGGAUGUUAUACUUUCCACUCUGGAGUAAGACAAGUGAAGGCUGCGAUGCGUGGACGAAAACUGCAGUAGCUGACGGAGAACUGCAUCGGAAGACAAGUGUUUGUGGAGAACCAAGCGAUGUGCCAAGAGAAGGAAGAAUGUAACCCUCGUAAUGUACCAAAGAAGAAGCUUGACUAUUUAACUGGCAUAAGUAUGUUGUAGUUAAAUGUUCGUUCAGAUUGGUUAGAAACCUGUACCGUCACAGUAAAAAAAAUGUUUGAAAA